AUGUCCGAGCUGAGUGACGAGGCCAGUGAGUCGGAGCAGCUGGGGGCCAGUCUGUCUCUGUGGCUGGGGGAGUCCAUGCUCCUGCGGCCUGAAGAGCUGGAUGUGCCGCUGGACCUCCACACCGCCUGCUCCAUUGGACAGUACGACGUAGUGGCACAGACGAUCAAAAGAAGUGAAGUGGAUCUGGACAGAAAGAAUGUUGGAGGGUGGACCCCAUUAAUGUAUGCUGCUUACAUUGGCCAUGACAAUAUUGUCAAUCUGUUACUGGAGGCAGGCGUAAAUGUGAACGCCACGACAGCCAAUGGGUUGACUCCUCUGAUGUUAGCAGCCAGCUGUGGAAAUGAGAGCAUUGCAUAUUUUCUGCUUCAGCAAGGUGCAGAGUUGGAGAUGAAGGACUUUCGUGGCUGGACUGCAUUAUUUCACUGCACAAGCACAGGACAUCAGCAGAUGGUGAAGUUUCUGCUGGAUAACAAAGCUGACGCCAAUGUCAAGGAGCCUGUUUCUGGGUUCACUCCCUUGAUGGAAGCUGCAGCUUCUGGACAUGAAAUUAUAGUCCAGUAUCUGCUCGAUCAUAAAGUUAAAGUUGACCAUCGGAAUGCAAAAGGAGAAACUGCUCGGGUUUUGGCCAUGAUGUAUGGUUACAAAAAGAUCGUUAGCCUUAUUGAUUCUAGCUCCGAAAAGAUAAAGCAAGCCAGGCGCUUUGAGGACCCAAGUUCAUCUGAAGACUCUGAUACUGCACCACCGAGACUGAGGCUGAGCAGAACUCGAAGCAAAGGCGUCAGCAUCCAUGACGGUCCUCAAGCCAUCGCCAAGUUCAGAGUGGGAAACCAGAAGCCCAGCGAAACGACAGCACAGAGCAACACAGAGUUCAGUGACAAAGAACAAAGCGACAGCAUUCGUUUCCGUGAUGUCACUUCUCCGAUCAAUGAGUUGGACGGUCAAAGCAACAGCAGCAGAGAUGAAAGUCCUUUCUUUGACAACGACAUGCCGACCAUGAGGAGCAGCAGCAGCAGCAGCGAGGGCCUCCCUCACGUCAAGGCUCUGCAGUGGGAAGGCUCAGUGGAGAGUAAUGAGGACUCCGACCAAUGCAGAAAAAGUAGCUCCCGCCGAGUAAAUAAAGCAAAUUACUCUAAAGGAAAGAGUCGCCAUGGAGGCAGCACUUCAGCUCAGAGCUGCAGCACUUCAGCUCAGAGCUGCAGCACUUCAGCUCAGAGCUGCAGCACAGGGGACAGUGUGGAACCAAGCUCUCUGACCACAUCCUACUCUGGGCCCAAGGACUUGGCCGAAUUUCUGGAGCAAAUUGGUUUUUCCAAAUAUCUCCCAUUACUCGAGGAACAGGACAUUGACUUGAGAAUAUUUCUCACUCUUACUGAGAAUGAUCUAAAAGAAAUUGGUAUAACAUUAUUUGGUCCCAAAAGAAAGAUGACCUCAGCAAUUGCCCGAUGGCACAGUAACGCGCACCCCCCCAGUGACUCUCUAGAACAAGCGUAUGCGGACCAGCUGGAGGCAGAGAUGCAGGAAAUGGCCAUUCAGUUACACAAACGUUGUGAGGAGGUGGAGGGUCUACAGAGCCAAGUGUCUCAGGAGAAAGAGCUCCGCACAGUGAUGGAGGGAUGCCUGAUGGAGGAUAAGAUGGCAUGGAGGAGGGUUCAUGCUGAGCUGGUGGAGAACCACAGACUGACCCAGGACAUCAGUGCCACUCUGACAAAGACCAGGACCUGUCGCUCUGAGCUGCUGUCGUCUUUAGCUUCUGGGGACAACGAGACCAAAGAUGAACUUGGGACGUCGUCUGUAGAACUGUUGAAAAGGCUCGAAUCCUAUGAAGAGGCUUUGUCUGGAAACCUGCAGACUCUGCUCCAGAGCCUGCGGCGACUCAGUGCUCCUGAGAAAGUAUCCGACAGUUGGGAAAGGCCUUGA